GUAAUCUUACUUCAAAGACUGCCCUUCAAUUCAGUUUCAACUUCAACCUGAAACUAGUAAGAUAAAAAUAAUCACAGCUCAGAUAUUCAAAGGACAGCUCUCUCUUCCCAUUUGCAAACAUUUGAAGAAAUCAAAAUGUUACUAUCACCUCAAAGCUCAGAUGAUCAAAGAAUAUAUAAUAAUGGCAGUCCUGGUUGUUUUGCAAACAGAACCUUGAAGCUAUUUAGUCCCAAAUCCAAAUUGGAGAGUGUUUUAAAACCAAACAUAGUUAAGAUUACCGACAAAAGCAUAUUGCUAGACAAGAUAAAGAACUCUCAAGGAAAACCAGGUCUAUGUUACGCACACAAAGUCCAAAAGCUGCAGUACUUUGGUAGGAAGAAGGCAAAUUCACCUCGUUCUGCCGAAAAGUCACGAAAUGCGAAGGAAGCCAAGGAUAUAUUGGAUGAGGAUUUUCCAACUCUAACAAUUGAUGAUGAUGAUGAUGCCGAUCUUACACCAAGAAAUAGAGUUGAGCAUUUAACAUCACAGAAUAGUUAUGAGACUGCAACUCAAAAUGAUGAUGAUUUUGAUAUUGAUCUUGAAAGCAGUGGUGACUUAUGUAUGUGGCAUAGUGUUCAAGGAGAGGUAACACUAAGCAUGGACUUAAAGCUGAACAAUGAACAAUCAUGCGAUCAAAGCUUGGACGAAUAUCUUUAUUUGGAUAAUGAAACAACAGUGGAUGCAACCAGUAAAUGGAAGGAUUUGAAUGGCUUGAAGGAAAAACAGGACAAUGGUUCAUCCCAAGACACCGAGUUAAUAAGAUAUGACACAAAAACCUUUAGAUCACAAGAAACAUCGACAAAUGAUUUAUUUCAAUUUCGAAAAUUAUCUGUUUUUGCUGCCACAAUUCUGAAAAAGUGUCACGAACUGGAAGAAAUGCAAUUUAAUUCCUCUGGAUCGAGUUCCGAAGACAUCUUCUGUAUGGGUAAAAAUCUUACCCAGCCUCGUCUUCGAACUAUACCCGAAGAGACUGUCCAAGAAGAUGCCAUGCAAAUGUCUCAGGAUUGUUCUGAUAAAAAUUUGUGUGUCUUUAAAGACAAAGGAAAGUCAGAGACAAAGGAUUUGUUACACCAUCAUGACUUAAACCCAAAUUCUAUGUGGACUUGGAUCAUCUCACCAAUCAUUGGAAUUUUGGUUUUCAUUGUGGGAAUAAUAUAUAUACGCUUUCAAGUUCGUCCUAUUGAGCAGCCCUUAUGGCGGCAAUAUCUUGAUAUUAUUAUCAAUUUCAUAUAUUUUUAUAAAUAGU